AUCCCCUAAGCAGUUUCGCCAUGAAGUUGAUCCGGAGCACAACUCUUUUGGGCGUCGGCAUUUUACUCGUCGGAUGCGGGGCGUUCAGCCUGCCCUCCGCCUUCGAUGUCCUCACCGAGGAGCAGCGCACCACAUCCCUGGUGUCAGCCAGCAUAGCGGAAGAGAUAAGCCGCGAGUACCUGAAGUACCACCGGACUGGCAUCGAGACGGAGAGGCUUCAGCAGCUGGGCAAGGAUAUCCGGAGUAGUCACAGCAAGAAGGCCAUAUUCACGGAAUCCAUGGCCGAUCUCACCUCUGCGGAUCAGUUCUUCGCCUGCACCCUGUGCCGAUCCACCAUCAAUGUGUUUGCUCGCACUUUCACCGAGGGCGAGCUGAGUGGUCCGGGGCGGGAGGAUGAGGCGAAGAGCCUGCUGCUGGGAAUGUGUGACUACUUUGCGGUCAGCACCCAGGAGGUGUGCUCUGGAUUGUUCGAUCUCAACUGGCCCAUUUUGGACUUCAUUCUGAAUGAAACGGUGGCCAAGUCGAACACCUUCUGCAGCAUGCUGCCCAUUUCCAUAUGCCAGGUGCAACAGGACGAGUACAAUCUCACUCUGACCAUCCAGGGAGAUCUGCCCAAGGAAUCCAAUUCCAACCUGCCCGCCAAGAGCGCCGAGGAUAUUCUCAUCCUGCACCUGACCGACAUCCACUACGAUCCCGAGUACGCCGAGGGCAGCAACGCCGUUUGCGAUGAGCCCAUGUGCUGCCGAAAUCCCUUGACCACUGGAUCUGAUUCCACGGCAGCUGCUGGCUUCUGGUCGGAUUACCGCGACUGUGACUGUCCCAAGCGGCUCAUCCUGAGUGCCUUCGAGCACAUCAAGGACAACCACAAGAUCGAGUGGAUAUAUCACACUGGCGACGUGCCGCCCCACAACGUGUGGUCCACCACCAAACAGGGCAACCUGGACAUGUUGUCCGAAAUCGACCAACUGCUGGCCCAGUACUUCCCGGACACGCCCAUCUACCCCUGUCUUGGAAACCACGAGCCCCAUCCAGCGAAUGUUUUCGGCAACGACGAGAUACCCAGCGCCCUGAAAGUGGACUGGCUCUAUGAGCACGUGUGGAGCUUGUGGUCCAAGUGGCUGCCCGCCGAGGCGGAGACGACUGUUCUACGUGGAGGAUACUACACCGCAGCCCCGCGCCAAGGACACAGGAUUGUGGCGCUGAACAGCAUGGACUGCUACCUGUACAACUGGUGGUUGUUCUACAACGCCACCUUGAUUCAGGAGCAGCUGCAGUGGUUCCACGACACUCUGCUGUCCGCUGAGGAGGCUGGAGAAUCGGUCCACAUCCUGAGCCAUAUUCCCGCUGGUGAUGGAGACUGCUGGAGCAACUGGGCUCAGGAAUAUAACAGGGUUCUGAGUCGAUUCAAUGGCAUCAUCACGGGCGUCUUCAGUGGUCACACCCACAAGGACGAGAUGAAUCUGCAUUACUCCGAGGACGGCUAUGCCACGGUGGUCAACUGGAAUGGCGGCAGUCUGACCACCUACUCCAACAAGAAUCCCAACUACCGGCUGUACGAACUCAGCCCAGAGAACUGGCAGGUCCUGGACCACCACACCUACACAUUCAACCUGACGGAGGCCAAUCUGACGCCCGAGCAGCAGCCCAAGUGGCAGCUGGAGUACCAGUUCACCAAGGAGUACACCGAGGAUACGAGUCCCGCGGGUAUCGAUCGCCUGCUGGUGCAAAUGGCCGAGAAGCCCGCAUUGCUGAGGAAGUUCUGGCGGAACAAGUUCACCAACUCCGAUCCCAAGUUGGCCGAGGGCUGUGAUAACGCCUGUCUGAGCAAGACGAUCUGCAGGAUAGCCACCAGUAACUACCAGGAGCGCACUCGCUGCAAGGAACUGCAGGCCAUCCUGGCUGAGAGCUUGGAAAAUGAACCGGAUACGGAUGAUAACGACGGAGGCGGAGCAGCUGGACUAACUGCCCUCAGCUUGGCCUCCUUGCUGGCGCUUCUGGCUGCAGCCAAAGUACUUGGUUAAGCCUUAUCUUAACCCCUUCUAUUCUUAACCCAAACAUCACAAAGAGAUCCGAAAAUAAACACACACUCUUCUUGUAGUCAACA